UGCAUGCUUUUUCCGCCAUUCACAAUCACAUGUCUCUCUCUAACACCGUCGUAUUCCUUACAAGAUUCUUGUCUACUAUUAUCAUCAUUCUCUGUAUUACCGCCCGUGAUUCUCUUGAGCUUCACCUUCCCUCCUCCAAUGGAACCUCCGCCUCCCCUCCGGUCUCUUCGCCUCUGCAGCUGCUUAUCCACGAUCAAUAUGUGUUGAUUGAUAACGGCAUAGUUGGACUGAAUAUAUCAAAACCGGAGGGAUCAAUCAACGGAAUAAGCUAUAAUGGCGUUGACAAUUUGCUUGAAGUUCUUAAUCCAGAAUUUAAUAGAGGGUACUGGGACUUGGUUUGGAUUGGUAAUGGAAGUAUAGGAAAAAAGGGCUCAUUGGACAGGCUUGAAGGGACAGAUUUUAAGGUAAUGCUGGAAAAUGAGGAGCAGAUAGAAGUUUCAUUCAGCAGAACCUGGAAUUUCUCUCUGGAAGGGAAGCUCGUUCCCUUAAACGUUGACAAAAGAUUUAUAGUGCUUCGGGGUUCGUCUGGCUUUUACUCGUAUGGCAUUUAUGAACACGUGAAGGGAUGGCCUGCUUUCAACCUUACAAACACAAGGAUUGCUUUUAAGCCCCGGAAAGACAUGUUUCACUACAUGGCCAUAGCAGACAACAGGCAGAGAUAUAUGCCCCUUCCCGACGACAGAGAACCAGACAGAGGCCAAGAAUUGGCUUACCCUGAAGCAGUUCUUCUCGUGAAUCCCAUUGAGCCAGAGUUCAAAGGCGAGGUGGAUGACAAAUAUGAGUAUUCGGUCGAAAACAAAGACAAUCGGGUUCAUGGGUGGAUAUCCAGUGACCCGCCGAUCGGAUUCUGGCAAAUCACUCCAGGUGAUGAGUUCCGAUCCGGUGGGCCCCUCAAGCAGUGCCUAACCUCCCAUGUGGGCCCAACCAACCUUGCUAUAUUUCACAGCACCCAUUAUUCAGGAGAGGAUUUGAUAAUGAAGUUUGGGAGUGAUGAGGAAUGGAAGAAAGUCUAUGGUCCAAUUUUUAUGUACAUGAAUUCUUUUUCCAAUGGAGGUGAUGACCCACUUCAAGAAUUGUGGGAGGACGCCAAAAACCAGAUGAAGGUUGAAGUUCAGAGUUGGCCCUAUGAUUUUCUGGAAUCCAAUGAGUUUCCUGCACGGGAUCAACGAGGUAACAUUAGCGGCAGAUUACUAGUUCAUGACAGGUAUGUUAGCAAGGAACAUAUGCCUGCUGAUGGUGCAUUUGUGGGGUUGGCAGCCCCAGGGGAUGUUGGAUCUUGGCAAAGAGAAGCCAAGGGUUAUCAAUUCUGGGCCAGAGCAGACAAGCAUGGAUAUUUCUCUAUUAACAAUACACGUGUAGGCAACUAUAAUCUAUAUGCUUGGGUUCCUGGUUUCAUUGGUGAUUAUCAAUAUGAUGUUCCUGUUACAAUUACAGCAGGUGUUGAAAUGGAUGUUGGUUGUCUAGUGUACGAGCCUUCAAGAGAUGGACCAACUCUCUGGGAAAUAGGCAUCCCAGACCGCACUGCUGCAGAAUUUUUUGUUCCUGAUCCUAACCCGAAGUACAUCAACAAACUUUAUGUCAAUCAUACUGACAAGUUUAGGCAAUAUGGACUGUGGGAAAGAUACACAGAUUUGUAUCCUGAAACUGACUUAGUUUACACUAAUGGCCUCAACGACUACAAAAAAGAUUGGUUUUUCGCUCAGGUCACCAGGAAGGUAGACAAUAAUACAUACCAAGAUACUACGUGGCAAAUAAGGUUCAGUCUCGACGCCGUGGAAGACAGUGAAAGCUAUAAGUUGCGAAUAGCACUUGCAACUGCACAUGUGUCUGAAUUGCAAGUUCGGAUCAAUGACCCAAAAGCAAACCCUCCUGAUUUUUCAAGUGGAGUAAUUGGGAAGGACAACACCAUUGCCAGACAUGGAAUUCAUGGUCUCUACUGGCUAUUCAACAUAGACGUUCCUGGCUCUAAGCUUGUGGAAGGAAAUAACACUAUUUUUUUGACAAGAACAAAUAGCACUAGCCCUUUCCAGGGCAUAAUGUAUGACUAUAUUCGUUUGGAGGGCCCUCCUGAUUUGAAUAAGAAUCUGGGUUUACAAUAAUAAAUUGAAUUGAAAAAAAAAAAAAAAAACUAUAUUUCUCUUUUUUUAGUAAUCUAUAGGAUAUAGAUGGUGAUUCGUAUUAUUUUUAUUAAUCUUCUUCAUGUAAAACCUGCUUAGAUGGGGAAAAUCGUAUUGUCAUUGAAAGUGUUAAAGGGGGAGGACUAUCCCUCAUUGUAUAGUCCAAUCAUUCAACCUGACAAAAAGGGAAUCUUUUAUUUA